ACCGCAUUCGCAAACGACAAUCUAAGAAAUCCUCUGAGCGCGCCGCGCUUGCUGCUUUCAUUGAAUCCUCUGGCGUCGACGCAAUGCCCUGCUCGUGGUGCUUUAAGCGAACUGUUCCUUGCCGCAUGGCUGCGAGUUCGUCUCGUUGCGCCGAGUGUGUCCGCCGUGGGCGCUCUUGCGACGGUUCGAGUGUAGCUUCUGCUUUGACAAAACUCAUGUCUGAACAAAAACGCGUGGAGGAUCAAGAGGCCGACGCAGAAGAAGAAUUGUUCGUCCUCCAGACCCAACUUCAAACUGUCGUGGGUCGUCUGGCUCGGUUGCGCCGCCAAAAACGAUUCUUGAAGGAGCGGGGUUCGGAGUUGCUUCGUCGGGGUUUACAGUCGCUGGACGAAUUAGAGGGAGAGUUAGAGUCUUUGGAGACAAACGCUACCACCGACGCGCACUCCCUCGGGGUUCCUGCUUCCGUGGAUUGGUCGUCCUUUGGCCUGGACCUUUCCGAGGCCGAUCUCGCCGCUCUGGCUGAUCCUGCUCCUUUGGACGGUCCGGGUUCCUCUGGUGAAACUCUCCCAGUUUCUCAGGGCAGUGGAGGUUCAUAGCGGGCUCCCACGAGUUGUCUUCUGGGCCGAAGUCCAGCCAUUUGAUCAAGUACUGCAGCUGUCCCUCGUCCGUAAUUCUUGAGUCCAAGACUUCUUCAACGUCCCAUUCUUCUUCUUCAUCUUCCGCCAUGAUGUCUGUGGCGAGUUUGACAUUCUUGGGUGCUGGUUCCAAAAGUGAAAUGUGAAAGACGUUUGUUCGUAACUUCAUCGAUGCUGGUAGCGACAGUCGAUAGUUGGAUGUCGAAAUUUGCUCAUCAACCUUGAAUGGUCCAAUCUUU